AAAAAAAUAUUCUACUUGAAUCAGGGUUCGUCUUGUCUUCAUAAAUUCAUCACCAAGACUUUCUUUCCAUUUCGUGUCUUCCCAUUCCAUUUACUCCCACUCUCCGCUCCUUUUUUUCACGCAGAUCGCACGCUGCGUUCACGUCGUAUAUCAUCCGCUCAAUUAAUUAUCUUCCCUUGGAAGACAGGUUUUCUCGUGUAAUCAAUUUGCGACCAGCAUUUCCCCCAUUUUGAAUCCUUCAAAAGUCGUCUCUCAACAUACACGAAAACAUCAUGUCUUACGGCGGCGGUGGUUACGGCUCCCGUAGCGGCGGCGGCCAUGGAGGCCACGGAGGUUACUCUAACGGCCACAACAAGUAUGGAGGUGGUGGUCACGGUGAAGGUCACGGUCGUCAGGACUACGGCCAUGGCAACAGCUAUGGUAACGGUGGGGGCUACGGAGGUGGCUACGGUGGUGGAGGCGGCGGCGGUGACCGCAUGUCCAACCUCGGAGCUGGUCUACACAAGCAGGACUGGGAUCUUAGCAGCCUCCCCAAGUUCGAGAAGUCCUUCUAUAAGGAAGAUGACGCCGUCGCGCGGCGACCUGCUAGCGAAGUCGAGCGAUUUCGCCGAGAUCACCAGAUUACCAUCUCUGGUACCAAUGUUCCCAAGCCUGUCGAGACUUUCGACGAGGCAGGCUUUCCUCGAUACGUGAUGGACGAGGUUAAGGCGCAGGGUUUUCCCGCUCCCACUGCCAUUCAGUCUCAAGGUUGGCCAAUGGCUCUUUCCGGUCGUGACGUCGUCGGUAUUGCCGAGACAGGCUCUGGAAAGACCCUUACCUACUGUCUUCCUGCCAUUGUCCACAUCAACGCCCAGCCUCUCUUGGCACCUGGCGAUGGCCCUAUCGUCCUUGUUCUUGCCCCGACGCGUGAACUGGCUGUUCAGAUUCAGCAAGAGAUCACCAAGUUCGGAAAGUCCUCUCGUAUCCGCAACACCUGCGUUUACGGCGGUGUUCCUCGUGGUCCUCAAAUCCGAGAUCUGACUAAAGGUGUUGAGGUUUGUAUCGCCACUCCUGGACGUUUGAUCGACAUGCUUGAAGGUGGCAAGACCAACCUUCGCCGAGUAACCUACCUGGUCCUUGACGAAGCCGACCGCAUGUUGGAUAUGGGUUUCGAGCCCCAGAUUCGUAAGAUCAUUAGUCAAAUUCGUCCUGACCGUCAGACGCUCAUGUGGUCUGCAACCUGGCCCAAGGAAGUUCGCGCUUUAGCCGCCGAAUUCCAAACCGACUUCAUCCAGGUCAACAUUGGUUCGAUGGAUUUGUCUGCUAACCAUCGUAUUACCCAAAUUGUUGAGGUUGUAUCUGAGGCUGAGAAGCGUGAUCGUAUGAUUAAACAUCUCGAGAAAAUCAUGGACGACAAGGAAAACAAGGCCCUACUUUUCGUUGGUACUAAACGAACAGCAGACGAGAUUACGCGAUUCCUCCGCCAAGACGGUUGGCCCGCACUUUCGAUUCAUGGCGACAAACAACAGAACGAACGCGACUGGGUUCUCGACCAGUUCAAGACUGGAAAGAGUCCUAUCAUGGUUGCCACAGACGUUGCUUCCCGUGGUAUUGAUGUGCGCAACAUCACUCAUGUGAUCAACUAUGACUACCCGAACAACUCGGAAGACUACAUCCAUCGUAUCGGCCGAACUGGUCGUGCUGGCGCCAAGGGAACCGCCAUUACUCUCUUUACUGCUGACAAUUCUAAGCAGGCUCGUGACUUAGUCUCGGUUCUUCAAGAAGCUAAACAGCAAAUUGAUCCCCGACUACAUGAGAUGGCCCGCUACGGCGGUGGUGGAGGAGGAGGCCGAUUCGGCGGACGAGGCUACGGUCGAGGUGGACACCGAGGCGGCGGCGACAGAGGUGGCGGUGCUAACGCCAUGCCCAUCAACAACCGACGAUGGUGAUAAUCUCUUCAUCACCAAGACUCCGUUUUUGGCAUGGAACCAUCCAUACAUAAUAUGAUGGUUGUGGGGUAUCCGUGAAACAUUGCAUUUUCUUCUUUCCUUCCCUGCACAUAUGCACAGGUGGCGUUACGUCUAGAGGUACGGAUGCUUAGAUGUCGUUCGGAUUGACACUAUGAGAAGUGUCUACGCAUCUCUUCAUUGAGAUCCGCAAAACAGUUCUUCUCCUAAUUUCACCCAGAGAUUCACAGGGCCGACGUGUGCCCAAGUCAAUGGCAUCCCACCAGCCAGGAGCCGCAAAUCGCAGGACAUGUAUCAAAGUGGACGAAGUCCGCCUAACUUUUUGCAAGGGCAUUUUCUGAUCUUGGUCUUCACACUACUGGCCCAUUUCUCGACUGCUAGGUCAAGAGAAAGGUAUGUUGCUGACUCCCCACAGAUUAGAGAUGUUCUAUAAGACCUACUUUUGGGUUCCAUGUUAAGUUAGGCCCUUCCCCAUCCGUCGGUUUUGUUCUCAUUAGGAGGCAAUACAAAGACUAGGUAGCAUGAAUCAAGGACUAUGUUAACAGAUUGUUGCACAAUGCCAUGGUGAAUUCGAAGGCGUUGGAGAUGCCUCCAGGACGG